AUGAUAGAAAAGUGCAUACCAUGUCAAGCAGCGACAUCCACCAAACAUCACGAACCUCUACAAAUGACGAAACUACCCGAUGGACCGUGGCAGAAACUUUCAGCAGAUUUUUGUGGACCCCUAUCAAGCGGUGACUAUCUACUCGUAGUCAUUGAUGAAUAUUCUGGGUAUUCGGAAGUAGAAAUUCUGUAAUCCACCUCAGCAAAGGCAACAAUACCAAAGUUUGACAAGAUUCUUUCUACCCAUGGCAUUCCGAUAGAAAUAAAAACUGAUAACGGACCCCCUUUUAAUAGUCAAGAAUUUAAGACAUUUUCAGAAGAUCUAGGAUUCAGCCACCGAAAUAUUACUCCACUGUCGCCCAAGGCAAAUGCCGAAGCAGAAAGAUUCAUGCAAACUUUAAACAAAGCAAUUAUCACGGCACACACCGAGCAGCUCAAUUGGAAACAACAGCUGUAUCGUUUUCUGCGCAACUAUCGCGCAAUUCCGCACGCAAGUACCGACAAAACACACGCGGAACUAUUAUUUGGAAGAAAGAUGAGAAUAAAACUGCCAGAAGUUUCCCCAACUGUUAUUGAUUCUGACCUCAGGUGUAAAGAUGCGACCGCUAAAAGAAAAAUGAAAGAAUAUGCCGAUGACAGAAACAAUGCGAAACCAGCUACGUUUCAGAUUGGAGACGAUGUGCUAGUACGACAGCGAAAGCGUAACAAAUUCUCGUCGUACAAAAAUCCCAUCCCAUCCCAUCCCAUACCAUACCAUACCAUACCAUACCAUACCAUACCAUACCAUACCACAUAGUCGCCAUAAAAGGCAGCAUUACUACAGCUGAUAGGCCAAACACAAGAUAACAAGAAAUUCAUCAUAUUUUAAGAAGAUAACACACCGUCCACUUGUGGAUCCACUACGAAUGACGAUAAUGGUGAAGACGAGGAUAUUCGAAACAGUCAUAUUGAAGAACCAGGGAUACAAGAACAACCACAAAGAAGAUAUCCUUUAAUCGCAGCGAACUAUUAUAGAGACUGCAAAAAAAAAUCCAGAAUACACACACUAUAG